AUCAGCUGUAAAAUUCGUAAUAAAAUGAAUUUUGCACUUGAACAUAGGAAUUGAUCGAAUUAGAUAUGUCAAUGAGAUAAUCGAUCUUACGAAUCGAUCAUGCGAUAGAAUCGAUCGCUCGAUUAAUCUAGCAUCUAAUUGGAACGUAACCUAAAAUCGUGCAGUUCCACGGAAAUAAUGCGUUAGGAUAUUUUGGCCAUCAAGUGUGUGUUUAUUGUGCGCAGCAUCUUCAACAAGAGAAUCAAUAAACAUUAAAGUUGCAUACGGUUUGUGGUUUAAGUAAGGAAAUUGUGUCCAACCGUUGUAUAUCAUUACACAAUGAAGUGUCACUAUGAAGUAUUAGGAGUUGAAAGAAAUGCUUCCGACGAUGACAUAAAAAAGGCAUACAGAAAACUAGCAUUGAAAUGGCAUCCCGACAAAAAUCUCGAUAAUCCAAAUGAAGCCAAGGAACAAUUUCAGCUUAUCCAGCAGGCAUGGGAGAUAUUGAGCGAUCCCCAUGAACGUACUUGGUACGACAAUCAUCGAGAGGCUAUCCUAAAGGGUGGAAUUGGAGAGAAUUACAAGGACGACUCCAUUAAUCUUUUCCCAUACUUCUCCGCUACAUGCUUCAAGGGUUACAAGGACGACGAGGCAGGUUUUUAUGCCGUCUACCGAGCCGUCUUCGAGAAAUUGGCCGCCGAGGACGCCGAGUUCGCUAAAGACGGCGAGUCUGACGAAGAGAUCCCUGGCUUCGGGGAUUCUCAGAGUUCCUACGAGGAUGUGGUGCAUGAUUUCUAUGCCUACUGGCAAAGUUAUAGCACCAAGAGAUCCUAUGCUUGGUUGGACCCAUACGAUGUACGCGACAUGCCGAAUCGACGCGUCUUCAGGCUCGCCGAGAAAGAGAAUAAAAAAGUACGCGAGAAAGCAAGACGCGAGAGAAACGAGCAGGUACGGAAUCUGGUCGCUUUCGUCCGUAAACGCGACAAGCGCGUGCAGGCUUACGCGGAAAAGCUGGCCGAACGUGCUCGCGAGAACUUUCGCAAGGCAGAGGAGCGCAGGAAGGCGCAUCUACUGGAGAGGCAGAAGCUGUUGCGCGAACAUAAUGAAUCCGAGUGGUCCAAGUUCUCGAACAUCGAGGCGGAACUGGAGAACAUCGAGGCGAAUCUGACGGCGGAAUUUGGGAUAGACGAUAAAGAAGCAACUGCAGAAGAUGACAAUACGCUCUAUUGCAUCGCCUGCAAUAAAAUUUUCAAAACGCACAAGGCCUUUACGAAUCAUGAGAACUCGAGAAAGCACAAGGAAAAUGUCAGUAUACUCAAACACACCGCAACAGAUGAUGACGAGGAUCUCAGUUCUCGUGAAAGCGAUUCAGAAAGCGGUGUAGAAUCAACUUCACUAAACGGACCUAAGUUAGCAACAAACUCGCAGAUGCCCGAUUUUUUAUUGAAUCCUCAGAGUGAUAGGAGACAAUCUGACGAUGAGGAUAAUGAGGCUAUCUCUUCAGGUGAAUUGAUGUCAGACGAUGAAAAAAAUUCCGGAUCAUCAAAGGAAAAAAGAAAAAUAGAUGAGGAAGAUGUUCCAUUAGCUACAGGACCACAGAUCGAUGAAAGCACUUCGUUCUCAUCUAAGAUAGAAAAUGAAGAUGAUAUCGAAACGUCUGAAGAUGAAUUGAUAUCUGAUCAGGAAGAAGAAAUCCCAUUGUCGAAUCGUCAGAAAAAGAAGAAAAAACGGAAUAUUCUGAAUCUAAGUACUAUGAUGAAUCGUGAUGCUAGUGACGAAGACACAGAGAAUACUAAUGAAGAAAUGUGGCUGUCGAAAAAACAACGCAAAAAGUUACAGCAAAAGAAGAUAUCAAUAAAUAAGCAGCAAACUAAUGAGGAAACACACGAGACGGAAGAACAACAAAUGAAAGACGAAAGCAAAGUAGCAGAAGAGACAAAUAUUAUUAACGAAAGGCUGAAAGUCAAUAAAGCAAAGAAAGCAUUCAAGAAAGAAGAACGAGAGAAUAAGAGUAAAAAUAAAAAAGAUCCAGUCAUGAAUGUUGAUGAUUUGGCUCAUUGCUGCGUAUCCUGUUCAAUGGAGUUUACUAGCAAAAAUAAAUUAUUUGAGCAUUUAAAGAAAACUGGACAUUCUGUAUAUAUACCAGAGUUAACAAAACACAAAAAGGAGAAACAAAAAAAAGAAAAAGCAAUGACGAAAGGAAAAGACACUUCAGACAAAAAGAGACAUUGAACCUAAAUAUCUUAGCCAAUUGUAGCUAAUUAUUGUUUAAAUUGCAAUUUAAAUUGCAUCAUGAUUGAUAUGAGAGUCUUUUAGGCAUAGCAUAUGUUCCAAUACAUUAAAGGUCCUUGUGUAUAUAUUGUACAAAGUAUAAAAAUAGUAAAAUAUUGUAAUUCGAAUUAUGUUUGAUGAUGUUGAACUAUUAAUUCCUUUGUGAUAAUUUAUAUUGAUUCGAAAAUGGAAAUUAUAAAUGUGCUGUUAAUAUUCUUUAACAGGAACAAUAAAAAUUAAAAUUGUAUGUCAUAUUAUAAA